GCCCAAGGGAAAUACAGGGUUGUGAAAGAGGGACCCGUAAUAAACAUGGCUGCCUUGGUGGCUAGGAAACAUUUCCUCCAUAGAUGUCUGUGCUUUCAAACCCCAUACACGUUUCUAUCGGUCGUCUGGACUUGAAGGCGACUUGAAGGCUCAAGGAUGUCUCUGGAGGACCCGUUCUUCGUGGUGAAAGGAGAAGUUCAGAAAGCAGUGAAUACAGCCCAGGGGCUUUAUCAACGUUGGGGCCAGCUGCUCCAGGAGACCCAAAUUGUGAACAAGGAGGAGCUGAACUGGACUACAAAUGAAUUACGCAACACCUUGCGCAGCAUUGAGUGGGACUUGGAGGAUUUGGAAGAAACCAUUUGCAUUGUGGAAUCAAACCCACAGAAGUUUACCAUUGCGCCGUCUGAGGUUGCAGCACGACGUUCUUUUGUCACAGAGAUGCGGGAGUCAGUCAAGGAAAUGCAGGAUCACAUGUCUGACCCAGUGGCCCAGUCCUUUGUGGAGAGGAACAAUAGAGAGUUGUUGGAUGGCGGGAACCACUGUGGGCUGUUGAGUGCAGAGAAGGUGCCAGCAGCUGAUUCACAUAUUUUGGAAGAGCAGCAGUUGCACCAGAAGUUGAUCAUUGAGGAACAGGAUGAACAGUUGGAGCUGGUCUCUGGCAGCAUUUCUGUGCUGAGGCACAUGUCGGGGCGGGUUGGAGAGGAACUUGAUGAACAAACUAUAAUGCUAGAAGACUUUGCUCACGAGAUGGACAACACUCAGAACGGCAUAGAUGGGGUGCUCAAAAAGAUGGGCAGAGUCCCCCACAUGGCUCGUGAAAGGCGUCAGUGGUGCAUCAUCUGCCUAUUGGUCAUCACUGGUGUAGUGAUAUUGAUCCUUCUUUUUGCUCUGUGGUCAACUUGACAGAUGAACAUAAGGAAAAUGGAAAAGAUACCACCAACCUUUCAUGUGAAAAGCCUGAAGUCACCAUGGCUUAUGUCCUAUAUGGGGUGAGGGCUAGUGAAGACAUAGGACAAUGACAAGAAUGUUGGAUUCUCACUGGGCUUCCCUGCCUUGUAUUCACACUGUUGUCCCUUAACUAUUAGGAGCUACAGGUUUGUGACAAGGGAGGAUUUUGCUUGUUGGUACUUAUCAACCCAUCAAGGUCAUCCAGACCAGGAAACCAAAAUGAUAAAUGCUAAUACUAUUUUUAUUGUAAGGUUACAUUGAUUCUUGCAAGCCUGAAAGCUUUUCCCCUUUCCCACCCGUUCCCUGCUUUCACUUUCCAGAGAACUAGGGAGCGAUAAUCCUGAAGCCUUCUCAAAUUGCACUUCUGUUUUGGGCUCAGAUUUCUUUUAUCAGACCAUUAU